AGAACAGGAGUUGGGAAGAGUGCAUCAGGAAACACCAUCUUGGGAAGAAAAGCCUUUAAAUCGACAUCCUCUUUUGCUUCAGUGACGUCAGAGUGUCAGAAGGAAACAGGAGAGGUGGAAGGACAGACGCUGGCUGUCGUCGAUACUCCGGGCUUGUUUGACAUCACCGUGUCUGAGUUGGAGGUGAAGGAACAGUUUGUUAGAUGCAUCUCCUUUGUUGCUCCUGGUCCUCAUGUGUUCCUGAUCGUCAUCCAGAUUGGCAGAUUCACCAAAGAAGAACAAGAAACAGUGAAAAUCCUGCAGGAGAUCUUUGGAAAAGAAGCAGCAGAUUAUACUAUGGUGCUGUUCACACAUGGAGAUGAUGUGGACAAUGAAGCGAACAUAGACACAUUGAUAAAUGGAAAUCAGCGUCUGCAUGGCUUCAUCAGUCAGUGUGGUGGAGGAUAUCAUGUUUUUAAGAACAGAAGUGAGGAUGUGUCUCAGGUCAGGGAGCUGCUGGAGAAGAUCAACACCAUGGUUCAGAGCAACGGAGGAAAAUGUUACACCAACGAGAUGCUGCAGGAGGCUGAGAGAGCCAUCAGAGAAGAGCAGGAGCGACUUCUGAGAGAAGAAACAGAGAUGGUGGAAGAAGCAGGAGGUGCAGGAGGACAGGAAGAGAAGAAGAAGAAGUUCCUGAAGAGUGUGGGUAUCGGAGCGGGUGCUGGAAGUGUGCUGGGUCCAGUGGGAGCAGCACUGGGAGCGGCAGUGGGAGCUGCUGUUGCAGCAGCGAAAGAGAACAAAUGUGUCAUACUGUGA